GCUCUUAUCGCCCCGGCCCUGCCUCCUUCCCGCGCCAUGUGGCGGCGCCUGGGAGCCCUAGUGUGCGUGCCGGCUCAGAGUACCCGUCUGUGCACCAGCGUGCCAAGGCAUUGUUCAGGGAGACCCAUCUCUGGCGGUCGAGCCACUAUCUUUGCCCUGUCUUCUGGCCAGGGCAAGUGUGGUGUGGCGGUCAUUCGCACCAGCGGUCCAGCCAGUGGCCCCGCCGUCCUGGGACUCACAGCCUCGCGGGCCCUUCCGCAGCCCCGGGUUGCAACGCUUCGUCUACUGCGGGACCCCGGCUCCGCUGAACCUUUAGACAGGGGCCUGAUUCUCUGGUUCCCAGCCUUGCUUAGGGAAGGAUCCCUUCACAGCACCAGUGUCUUCCUGGCCUCCUUUCCAGGACCCCACAGUUUUACUGGAGAGGACUGUGCUGAGUUCCAUGUCCACGGUGGGCCGGCCGUUGUGAGUGCUGUGCUGGGAGCACUGGGCAGCAUACCGGGCCUUCGGCCAGCUGAGGCUGGAGAGUUCACCAAGCGGGCCUUCCAGAAUGGGAAACUGAGCCUGACUGAGGUGGAGGGGCUGGGGGACCUCAUCCACGCUGAGACAGAGGCCCAGCGGCGCCAGGCCCUGAGGCAGCUCCAGGGGGAGCUAGGACAGCUCUGCCAAGGCUGGGGAGAGACCCUAACUACGGCCCUGGCCCACCUGGAGGCCUACAUUGAUUUCAGCGAGGACGACAAUAUUGAAGAAGGCGUGUUGGAGUGGGUGGACAGUACUGUGCAGGGGCUCCGGGAGGCCCUCCUGGCCCACCUGCAAGAUGCCCGUCGGGGAGAGCGGCUCCGCUCAGGGGCCCAGGUGGUCAUUGCAGGCCCAGCCAAUGCAGGCAAGAGCAGUCUCAUCAACCUGCUGAGUCGGAGGCCUGUGGCCAUUGUAUCGCCCGAACCGGGCACCACCAGGGACGUGGUGGAGUCGGCUGUGGACAUCGGGGGCUUCCCAGCCCUGCUGAGUGACACGGCGGGGCUCCGGGACAGCCCGGACCUGGUGGAGCAGGAGGGCGUCCGGCGGGCCCAGGACAGGCUGGCUCAAGCCGACGUCGUGCUGGCCCUACUCGAUGCCACAGACUUGGCCUCGGCCUGUAGCCGUCACUUCCUGGAGACAGUGGUGACUCCUGGGGGACCCUCCACCCCCAGCCGCCGCAUCCUGCUGGUACUUAACAAGGCUGACCUGCUGCCAGAGGGGAUGCAGCCCAGGGGGCCUGCCCUGCCCCCCCAUCUCCUGCUGUCCUGCAAGACAGAGGCCGGCCUGGAGGCUGUGCUGGCCUCCUUAAAGAGGGAGCUGGCUGCUGUAUGCGGUGAUCCGACUGUUGGGCCUCCAGUCCUGACACGGGCCCGCCACCGCCACUACCUCCAGAGCUGCUGUGAAGCCCUGGGUCGUUACGAGCAAAGCAGGACCCGGGACCUGGUACUGGCUGCUGAGGAGCUGAGGGCCGCCCGAAGGCAAUUGGGCUACCUCACUGGGCAGGCCGGGGCCGAAGAUAUCCUCGAGGUCAUCUUCCGGGACUUCUGCAUCGGCAAGUGAGGACUGAAGGACUGCGUAGGGGCCCCAGGGCCAGGCAUGCACGGCCCGGUCAGCGGGAGGGCCGCGGGAUGGCCAAGAAGGAUUCUCCGGUGUGACUCAGAAGCUCUGGGCUUGUUGAAGAAGUUUGUAGACGCCACUCUGCCCACCUUGGCCCUGUCUCUUUCUCUGAUGUGCCUUCCCUCCCAGUCUGGGACCUGGGCCCGCUCUCUCCCCAGGAAGUCUAGGCCAUUAGGCGCCCACCUCCAUCAUCUUAGAAGAGGGAGGAGGUGAGAUGUGGAUUUCAGCUGGAGACAGGCUUCUUGUAAGAUUAAGUGAGGUGGCUCAGGCAUUCGAGGCCUUUCGAGGGCAGGGGAAAGGGCACUGCCUGAUAGUAAACAGGCUUUUUAAAAGAAAUUUUAUUUACCUCUUUUCUCUUAUGUCACCUACAUUUGCUAGUAUAUCUCUGCCCUAACUCCUCCCAAAGCAUCACCAUUUAUAAUUAAAUUAAAUAUAGAAUAAUAUAUAAUAAAUAUAAUUUUAAAAAAUAGACCUCGGUAUUCCACACUUAUGGCCCUCCCCUUCUGCAGGCCAGUCUCUAUCACAUAAAGAGCCCUUUGGGAAGGAGGGGCAUGGAAAGGGAAGAGAACGUGAAAUCCUGGACCCCAGGGAGCCUCUGGGCUGUCCUUUGGCUCAUUCUUUGUUCAUUAUUAAGGGUCCUUUUCCUGAACUGGGUGAGUUCAUCUGGGGCCUGGCUUCCUGCUGUAGGGAGGAGAAUGCCACCCCACCCCUAGGACCUUUUUUCAAGCAGGGGUUUUUAGCCUUUUUUGGCAUCCUGGACCCCUUUGGCACUCUGGGGAAGCCUUUGGACCCCUUCUCGGAAUCAUGUUGUUAAUACAUAAAAUAAAGUGGGGGGAGGGGAGUGAAAGGAAUCUGCAUUUAUGUAGCUCCUACUGUGUACCAUUGUUAAGUGCUUUACAAACAUUUCAUCUGAUCUUCACAACCACCCUGCAAGGUAGGUGCUGUUAAUCCCUAUUU